AUGCAACUCGCAACACAUUCUCUCGCUGGAAAACAGAGGGCAGGAAUGCAAUGGAUGGGAAAGGACCCCCCCCCCCGUACCUAUUAA